AUGUUCAUGUGCGGCGACCUGAAAGUUUUCGACGGAGAUAAAUGGGAAGUUUUCAAAGAACAACUCGAAUGUUUCAUUCUUGUUAAUGACAUCAGCGAUGACAAGAAGGUGCCAUUGUUAUUAACCAAAAUAUCACCAUCAGUAUUCGAAACUUUAAACUACCUAUGCUCACCACACAAACUCAGUAAAUUAUCGUUUGAUGAACUUAGCAGCAAACUUGGAGAUAAGUAUGCCAAACCAUUGUCCACAGCUUUGGAGAGGGCAGCUUUCAGGAAAAGAAACCAGCUUCAUAAUGAAAACAUUGAGGAUUAUGUUUUAGCUUUGAGAAAAUUAGCUAUGGCCUGCCAGUUUAAAGAUAAGGAAGACCAAAUUAAAGAGAAAUUUAUGGAAGGAGUAUCGUCUAAGGUUGUCAAAUUUGAAUUGAUGAAAACUGAGACGGAGCUGUCACUAGAAAAAUGUAUUUCACUGGCACGCACAGUAGAAGCAGCAGUAUUACAGACAAAUAAUAACCAUGAAAUAACAGAAGUCUACUAUAGUAACAAAGGAAAACCAAAACAGGAUACUAAGAACAAGAAUAACAACAGUGGACAGUGUUUUUGCUGCGGGAAGAAGAAUCAUAUCAAAGCAGACUGUACUCUGAAGUUAAAAUACUGUUCAGAAUGUGGUCAACAAGGCCAUAUAUUCAGGAUGUGUCCGAAAAAGCAACGACAAGCGAAUGUAGUGGAGACGAACCCCGGGAAUGUUAAAGAGGAGGAAAAGCAGGUGGAAGUACCCAGUAAAGAUGUAGAUAAAGAAUAUAUUAAGACUUAUGAUAUUAAUAGUAUGCACAGCAACAUCUGA